AUGGAAACCAAUAACCAAAGUUCUUCAACCAACACAAUUCUACUUGAAGAAAAUGAAAAUAAUAAUCAAAAUAAUUUAAAUAUAAAUUUGAAUACUGGUAGUAGUAAUAAUAGUAGUAUGAAAAAUAGUAAUAGUAUUCAUGACAUUCUAAUAGAAAAUAAUCGUAUUGCAAAAGACACUAUUAUUGUUAAUAGCAAUAUAUUAAACAGCGGUGAAAGAAAUAAUGAAGGACAAUUAAAUUUAAAUUCUAAUACUAAUAAAAGUUUUGAUAAUCCAAAUAAUAUAAAAAAUUUAGAAGAAGAAAGUGAUAAUAUUGAAAAAAAUAAUAGUAAAAAUAAUAUUAAUAGUCAAGACAAUAUUAAUAAUAAUAGUAAUAGUAAUAAUAAUAAUAAUAAUAAUAAUAAUAAUAAUAAUAAUAAUAAUAAUAAUAAUAAUAAUAAUAAUGAUAAUAUUAAUGAUGAUAGUAAUAACAAUAUUUUAUCAAUAGGAAAAGAGAAAACACAACAAUAUAAUCCAUUAACAAGAGGUAGUAGUUAUUUAUUAGAUAAUAAUUCGAUAGCAUCAUCAUCAAAUAGUUUUAGUCCAACGGGAUUAGUUCAAGUACCUUUUACACCUGAAACAGUAACAAUAAAAAGACCAAUAAUGCUUUCGACAAAUUUAGAACAAAAACAAUCAUUUUACAAUACAGAGACUGAAGAUGGUGAAGAUAAGAAUGAUAAUAAUAAUAAUAAUAAUAAUAAUAAUAAUAAUAAUAAUAAUAAUAAUAAUAAUAAUAAUAAUAAUAAUAAUAAUAAUAAUAAUAAUAAUAAUAAUAAUAAUAAUAAUAAUAAUAAUAAUAAUAAUAAUAAGAAUAAAAAGAAUGAUAAUAGUAAUAAUAAUAAUAAAACAAAAAAUGGAACAAAUAUUGAUGAUCCAUCAAAUUUUUCACCAAAAUUAACAUCAAAAAUUGGAAGACAUACAAAAAAGCCAUCAGUAUUUCCUUGUAUAAUCGUUGUUUUAUUUGAAAUAAUUUUUGGAUUAGGUACAUUAUAUCCAUUGGUAAUUGGUAUCAUUAGACAUCAUGUAACUUUGUUAAUUUGUGGUUGUUUUGGUUCUUUAUUUUUAGUUUUUUCAAUAAUUGGUUUUAUUUCUUUAUUAAAAAUUAGACCUGUACUUUUAAAAAUAUUUUAUUAUUGGAAAUAUUUUUCAUUAGGAUUAAUUAUUUUAGUUACAGUUGCAAUUGGACUAUUAUCAUACUAUAAAGAUCCAUUAGUAGUUUCAAAUUGGUGGGCAAGUUUAAUUCUAUGUGUUGGAAUUGCAAUUUUAUUUAUUAUAUGGACUGUAACCUGUAUAUUAUGGAUUAAACCUCUUAUAAAAGAAAUUAGAUCAGUAGAGUCAGUGGUUUUAAAAGAAUUAGUAGAUGAAGAGAAUAUAAAAGAUACAUCAAGUGAUAUAGAUAUUGAUACUUUGGAUAAAUUAACUAUUAAACCACAAUAUGGAAUAAUUCAACCUGAAGAACCAUUAAGAAUUGCUAUGAGAAAGUUUAAUAAGAACCCUGAAACUGGUAUUCAAUUUAUUCAAGAAAAUAAUUUAUUAUCACAAACUCCAUAUAGAGAUAUUGUAACAUUUUUAUAUAAUGUUGAUGGUUUAAAUAAAGUUAAAGUUGGUGAUUAUUUAGGUGAAAAUAACCCAAUUAAUAUUAAUAUUUUACAACAAUUUGUUGAUCAAUAUAAUUUCCAAUCGAAAAAAUUUGAUGAAUCAUUAAGAGAAUUUUUAUCUAAAUUUAGAUUACCAGGAGAAGCACAAAAAAUUGAUAGAAUUAUGGAAUCAUUUGCAAGAAAAUAUCAUAGAGAUAAUCCGGGUACAUUUCCAGAUUCAGAUACAGCAUAUUUAUUGGCAUUUUCAUUAAUCUUAUUAAAUACCGAUGCUCAUAAUCCAGCGAUAAAGAAUAAAAUGACAAAGAGAUCAUUUGUACAAAAUAAUACUGGUUUCAAGGGUAAAAAAGAUUUACCAAUUGAAUAUUUAGAGAGUUUAUACGAUAGAAUAAUUAAUUGUGAAUUAAAGAUGGAUAGUGAUUCCUUAUUUUCAAAUGCUUUAAUUAAAGGUUGGUUAAAUAAAAUGACUUCAAAUGAAAAAACUUGGCAAAGAAGAUGGUUCGUUUUAAAAAAUAAUUGUUUAUAUUAUUUUAAAAAUGAAAAAGAUGAGGACCAUCCAAAAGUAAUUAUACCAUUAGAAGGUUUAAAAGUUACAUUAUUAUCAGAUUUAAUAUUUGAAAUUGAAGAUACAACAGUUGGAACUAUUAAAUCUGUUAAAUUAAUGCCAACUGGUCCAGUUGAAGGUCAACAUUCUAAAUAUUUAUUGAAAGCUCCAACUAUUGAAGAGGCAAAUAAAUGGGUAGAUUCAAUUAGAAAUAAUGUUUUAGGUAGCCCAGUAUUACAAUUAAUAAAGAAAAAGAAAAAAAUUUUAAAUAGACCAUCAGGUGGCGCUCGUAGAAAGAGUAUUUCAAAUGAAAAUAGUCAUCACCAUCAUCAUAGCCGUGGAAGUGGUGGUGGUGGUAGUAGUAGUAAUAAAUAUCAUGCAAGUAGUAGUAGUGCUACUUCUCCAAUUAAUGUACAACAACCUAAUCCUCAAAAAGGUUCAAUAGAUUCACCUGUAGUUCCAAUAGGUAGAGAGAAUGAUGUUGAUUCAUCAGUAAAUGGAAGUUUAAAAAGUGAUGAUUAUUUAACAACUGCAACAACAUCUGAAACUGAUAUCUAUGGUGGCAGUCAAAGUUCGAUUUAA